UCAUGUUCGGUUCCGAUAUGAUCCCACCCUCAUUUCUGUUUGGAGAAGAAACCCCCCCAAUCUCCUCCUCCUCCUCCUCCUCCGUCCCCCGUCCCCACCGGAGCGCGAUGGAGUCUGCUUCUGCCGUGGAGGACGUCCUCCUUCACGGAGACCUCCUCCUCACCGUCAUCGAGGCCUGCCGUCUCCCCAACAUGGACUAUUUCUCCGAGCACCUCCGCCGUUGCUACACUUCCUGCUGCCCGCCCAUCCCCGGCUCCACCGCUUCGAAAUCCGGUCCUGACGCAACACAGCACCACCAGAACCACCACCACCGAAAGAUUAUCACCAGCGACCCCUACGUCACCGCCUCCCUCGCCGGAGCCACCGUCGCCCGCACCCGUGUAAUUUCCAACUCCGAGGAUCCCGCUUGGAACGAGCAUUUCAACAUCCCCGUUGCCCACCGCGCUUCAACCCUCGAGCUCCAGGUCAAGGACAAUGACGUCUUUGGCGCGCAGCUCAUCGGCAUCGUUUCCAUCCCCACUGCCCGUAUCGCCGCCGGCAAGAAGAUUCAGGACUGGUUCCCUAUAAUCGGCCCCAAAGGAAAGCCGCCGAAGCCGGAGACCGCUCUCCACCUUUCCAUCGAGUACAUUCCCGUCGAGGAGGAACCAGAGUACCAGCACGGGAUAGCUGGGGAUCCCGAGCAGCUCGGGGUGAGGAAUACCUACUUCCCGCUUCGGAAAGGGGGGUCGGUCACGCUCUACCAGGAUGCUCAUGUGCUGGACGAUGAGCUACCGGAGGUGACGCUCGAGAAAGGUGCCGUCUUUAAGCACGAGAAAUGCUGGGAGGAUAUCUGUCAUGCGAUUCUUGAGGCACAUCAUCUGAUUUAUCUCGUUGGCUGGUCGAUAUAUCACAAGGUGAAACUGGUGAGAGAGCCGACACGGCCGCUGCCCGACGCUGGUAAGCUCACACUAGGGGAUCUGCUCAAGUACAAGUCGCAGGAGGGGGUGAGAGUCUGCAUGUUGGUUUGGGACGACAAGACAUCUCAUGACAAAUUAUUCAUCAAGACGGGAGGUGUAAUGCAAACUCAUGAUGAGGAAACUAAAAAGUUUUUCAAGCAUUCCUCAGUUAUUUGUGUGUUAUCUCCACGAUAUGCCAGCAGUAAGCUUAGCAUUGUCAAGCAACAGGUGGUAGGGACCCUUUUCACACACCAUCAGAAAUGUGUAUUGGUUGAUACACAGGCUUCUGGAAAUAUGAGAAAGAUAACUGCUUUCAUAGGAGGUCUUGAUCUUUGUGAUGGUCGGUAUGAUACACCAGAGCAUAGACUUUUUCGUGAUCUUGACACAACCUUUUUAAAUGAUUUCCAUAACCCCACAUUCGCUGCAGGAAUUAAAGCCCCAAGACAACCAUGGCAUGAUUUACAUUGCAAAAUUGAAGGUCCUGCGGUUUAUGAUAUCCUGAAGAAUUUUGAGCAGCGCUGGCGGAAGGCAACAAGAUGGCAGGAAUUUAGUCUUUGUUUCAAAAAUCCAUCCGGCUGGCACGAUGAUGCUCUAAUAAGACUUGAACGAAUUUCAUGGAUACUUAGUCCUUCACCUUCUGUUCCAGAUGAUGAUCCAAGUCUAUGGGUUUCCCAGCAAGAAGAUUCUGAACAAUGGCAUGUACAGGUCUUUCGAUCCAUUGACUCUGGAUCGGUAAAAGGUUUUCCUGACAAUGUCCAAGAAGCUUCAAAAAUGAAUCUUGUCUGUCGAAAGAAUCUGGUAAUUGAUAAGAGCAUCCACACAGCAUAUGUAAAGGCAAUCAGAUCUGCCCAACAUUUCAUAUAUAUUGAAAAUCAGUAUUUUCUUGGUUCUUCAUAUGGUUGGCCAUCUUAUAAACAUUCAGGUGCUGAUAAUCUGAUACCGAUGGAGUUAGCCCUAAAAGUUGCCAGCAAAAUUAGAGCCAAUGAGCCAUUUGCAGUUUAUGUGGUUAUACCAAUGUGGCCUGAAGGAGUUCCAACUACAAAUGCUGUGCAAGAAAUUCUCUUUUGGCAGGGCCAGACAAUACAGAUGAUGUAUGAAAUUGUGGCACGGGCUCUUAAAUUCAUGAACCUUGAAAAUGCACAUCCACAAGAUUAUCUUAAUUUCUAUUGUCUUGGAAAUCGUGAAGAAGCGCCAAAAGAUAACUUGCAACAAGAUGAUCAGUCCUUGGAAAAAAUCCCAGAGGAAUUGUCACAAAAGUUUCGGCGGUUUAUGAUCUAUGUCCAUGCAAAAGGGAUGAUUGUAGAUGAUGAGUAUGUUAUAAUUGGUUCAGCCAAUAUCAACCAAAGAUCUUUGGCUGGUUCAAGAGAUACUGAGAUAGCCAUGGGAGCCUAUCAGCCUCAUCAUACAUGGACUAAGAGAAAAAGACAUCCACAUGGCCAGGUAUAUGGAUAUAGGAUGUCAUUGUGGGCGGAACAUCUCGGUAUGAUAGAUGACCGUUUCAAGGAACCCAACAGUUUGGAGUGUGUAAAGUUUGUGAACAAGAUAGCUGAAGAGAACUGGUCGAGAUACACUGCAGAGGAAAUAACACCACUGACAGGUCACCUACUGAAAUACCCUGUCAAGGUGGAAGCUGAUGGCAAGGUCGGGCCCCUGCCCAACCAGGAGUGUUUCCCUGAUGUCGGUGGCAAGAUUCUAGGAGCUUAUACUGCUCUUCCUGAUACACUCACCAUGUAGCUAGUUUCAGUUCUUGAAAGUUAUCUCAAAUCCACCAACACAAUAAAGUUUCUGUAAGAAUAUAUUAUUUGAAAUAUUGUCCUUGUGUAACAUUAUGGAGGAGAGAAGGUUUGAAGUGUUGUAGUGUUGUUCCUGUAUAUGUUAUUCUCCUUUUGUAUUCUACAAUUUGUAUUGAGCUGCAACUUUGACAAAUAAAAUUGAGGUUGUAAAUGGAUUACUAGUUUGUACUCUUAUAAAGUAGAAUGAUGUGAUGUUCUGCAGAGUGACAUUUGAUUUUAUGUAUCAUGUUACCAUUA